UGAAAUGGUGAAACAGACCGCGUAACAAUAGACCGCGUCACAUCACCAUUGAUACCGCGGAAGCAUGUGUUUGUUGUGAGAGCUAGGAUCAUCAACAAUGCCGUAUCUGUGCGGUUGAAUGACAGACAGACACGAGAAUACCGCAACUAUAAUAUUCGCUCUUCGAUCUCUCUGUGAGCGUGAAGUACAUUGGAUCAAAAUGGAAUAAUGCAAACAUCGGUAUUUUCGAGGUCUUAAAGCAUAAAGUGAAGAAAAUAUGAUGCAGAGCAUGAGAUCUAGAGACAGACUGGAGAAUGUCAGGAUUCAUUCUCCAGAAGUACGGGAGAUAUUACUCGACGAUGCACGCGAAAAUGAUACUCAGAAACUAUUACAACGAGACAUACAUUUCGGAGGAAACUAGAAGAAUUACCAGAGCAAACGGAACCAUCCUGUUCUUCCCCUCAGCGUCCUGGGACCUCUGAACGGCGGCGCCCUUGGAGUACGCCUGUAGCUAGCAGGAACAGCAUGAUGUCAGCAGGUAGUGCUGGAUCAGCGUUGGACCAGACAACAAAAAUACAGAACUGGUUAUGUCAGAAGGCAGUCAGACAUGUACAGGAGAAAGCAGAUCCAGAAUCAAAAGAAACCAAGAAGAUGUACAUGGGUGUUUUAAACACAGAGAAGACAUUUGUCAAAGAUGUAGAUAACUACCUCAUGAACAAAGCAUUUCUGGAUCUACGGAAGAAAGAGAUGCUGUACAAGAAAUGGAGUGAGAAGAUAUCAGAACCUAUAGAUAGCAGCAUUUAUCAGGAGAUGAAGAACUUUCCCAAGGUGGAUAAGAGAAAGAGAAGCAUUUACAAGGAAUACCUCAGGCAUGGCAAUAAGAAGGGCUUUGUGUUUCUAGAUACCUAUGACACAGAGGAGUAUGAUCCAAUGAAGCUUGUAGUUCCUAGACCAGCUCCUCUUAAGAUCCAGAGGAACACCACAGAGGACCCAACCUUACAGCAGGAACGAGAGAGAAACAAUGAAGACAGGACUACCUUAGCUUGCCAAACAGGUGAAGUUCUACCAGACAAAGCUGUAGAGCGCCAUCGCUUGCCCCCACUUCCACUGGUACCACUUGGUCGUCAUGGUACCGAGUGUGCUACUUGGCUGGCCAUGCCCCUACAUGAUAUAGAGAGUCCUGUUAGGCUAGGGAGCAGACGGAGAAUGCAAGGUGUAUUCAACACUACCCAUUAUGAUUUCUCGCAACCCUUCUAUGACCCUGAGAAUGUUAGACUCCAUCAACAAACGCUGCAAUCACCAAGUCAAUCACAAGCGACUGUCGUCUCAUAAUGCUGUAUAUAUAUAUUUUUGUUUGUUUCAGAGAUGUAUAAUAUUUCAAGGUUUAUUAUGCAAAAUAUUUCAACCUGUGCUCUGCUUUUGCAUUUGCAAAAAUGAAAUCUGCUUUUCAUUGUUUUGCGAAAAAGUUGUAAAUGCUUUAUUUUGUGCUUUGCGUUUGUUAUGCUUUGGCAAUGAGUAAUUCAAACAUUUUUUUAAUGUAAAAAUGCAUAUUUUAGUAGUAUACUCUCUCCGAGGUCGUUGUGAUUCAGGGUGAACUACAUGUGUGUUGUGCUCAGUGAAGCCAUGUGCAUAUAUAUAUUCAUUAGGUUGUACUGCAAUUUUCGAGAGAAUAUAAAAGAUUUUAAAAAGGAUUCCUCAAGAGAGGAUUAUUAAAUGAAAAAUAUGAAGCUUUUUCAUGCAGAUAUUUACAUGUUCCGUCCAUACAUUCUGUAAAAAGGAGCAAGAUUCGUGCUUAAAUAUAUUCUGAACAAUGUGCUAGAAAGAGAUAAUGCUUAAUGCAACUAUGCAAUUGAACAUAUAGUGUGCCAUUGUGCCCAACUAAAUCCAGUGUAAGUAUGUGGCAAGGCUGCAUAAUUUGUUAAUAUAUCCUUCCUUAGAUUUUGAAAGUUUUUGUGAAUCUCAUCUUAGAAUGAAUCAUUCCACCAAAUUGUGCAUAUGAAGGACAAUUAUUAAGCUUGCAGUCGUUGGUUUAGUCAGAAUUGUUUUCUCAAGAAAAAUUGAAGAUUGAUUACAGAAAAAUAUGAAGCCAUAGAAUUUGUAAAGUUUUAUUUAAUUCAGCAUUUUAUUAUUUGUAUUUUAAUAGGCAGACCUGUUGAGUCAGAAGAACAAACUAAAGUGUCUUGAUUUUGAGAGAAUGCCUUGCACAUUAUAUCCAAAUAUGCACAAGUGACCUUCGUUUCAUGCAAUUUCAUUUGCCUUUGUAGAUGACGUAGUUUGAAUUUUUAAUGUGCUAUUUUGAUAAUCUUAAGGACUGAUUUUGUUCAGAAUGAUGGGAAUAAUAAGAUUGUGAUAUGAUAUGCAUCUGAAUAGAGAGAAUGUGUGAGAAUUAUAAACACAAUUUGAAGUGAGAGGGAGGGGGAGAGAGAGAGAGAGAGAGACUGGUAGGUAUAUAAUUUUUUUAUUUUUUUUAUAUCACAUUUUUCUACACUAACGAAUGCCAGAUAUUGUAUGUUAUUGUAAGAUUUAUUUUAUUCGUUUUCAUGGCCUCAAACCUGUACAUUGGUGAGCUAAUGCCUAAUGUCCAGAAUAUCUAAAAAGAUGAAACAAAAAGCCAACAAAAUUGUUUCACAUCCAUUUUUUAAACAAUUUGUUUCAUGUUGACCUACAUUAUAUUUCUUUAUAUGAUUCUAUAUUAUCUCUGUUUUUAAUUUCAUAAAACUACCCCAGAAAUAUUGAUAUCAAAGAGUAUGAAAGAUCAUGUGACAGAUGCCAUGGAGUAUCACUUCCUAUCAGAUAAAUUGACUUAUGGUAUACAAUGUACAUCACCUCGCUAUUGAUUCAAACCUGUAAUUGCUAUCGUAGACACAAAGAAUGUAUUCAUGGGCAAAGGGAAGUAAAUUUCUUUUCAUGGUCAUGUUAAUUGAUCAGUUAUUAGAUUCACCUGCUGGUAGCAAGCCACCAUUCUUUGUCACCAUUCACUCCUGUAAUUGAUCACAUUAAUAUCACCUUCAGGAUAUAUUGUACUGGUUGCUAUGCACACCACAUAUAAACAAUGAUCAACAAAAUAUGUAAAAGUGUCAAUUAGGGUCAAUGCCAUCAGUUUGUCAUUUGUGAGGCCCUUUUGGCUUUCACAGAUGACGUAUUUGAAGUAAAUUUAGCUUUGGAUUUUGAUUGGAAUAUGACAAACAACUGUUAGUUGGUUUUGAGCUGGGCUUUUGAAUAUUUUAUUGGAAGUACCAUUAGCCAUACAUGAAUUAGUAGAAUUAAUUACUGAUGUACAGUGAUAUCUGUAGAAUAUUUGAAAUAGUUGCACCUGAAUUUGUAUGAUAUAUGUAAUAAUGAUAAAAAUACAAAUGUCACAUUUGAAAUGAAAUACAUUACAUGAUAUAUAAACAAA